GUCAGAAUAGCACUAAUCUAUAUUGUUAUUACUUUGCAUAUAAUGAAGUGUAAUCGAUGUGUAGUUGUGUAUGGAUGUGGCAUACUCUGUGCCAGUGUGAUGUAACAAUGUCCGCCAUACCUCAGACCAUCAUGCGGUACACCUGAAUAACAUAUGGAAAACGAUCACUGGCUGGCACGUUGAGCUGAGGCUGAUCAUUGUGUCUUUUGCGUAUGUGUUCAGGCAAAGUGAGGUUGUGUGUGUGAAUUUCCCAUCUUCACUGUGUAUAUAAGCUGCAAUCGCUACUCACUUUGCGCGGUGCUUUUUGGCGUCGUUAUACUAUGCAAAUGCUUUGAGUUAGUAAUUGUGAGCGAGAGAUGGGCAUAAUGCUCGACGUGUAUUGCAAGGUAUGUGCGGCGCAUUUCUUUUGGUGUUGUUUGCGGAGUAAGAUGUGGAGAGAUAGCCAGAAGGGUGACGGAGUGUAUGUGUUCAGGGGCAGGCGAGAAUUUAAGGGGUAAAGUCGUUCAUCGUGUUUUGUGUACGUUUGCGUCCUUAUGUUUGGUGGACAUGAUACCGAAAAACAUAUAUUCUUUGUUGUUUUUACAUUUAUUUUAUAACUAAAAAUGUGUUGCUUUCUAUUAUCGGUCUGCAUCAAUGAAAGAACAUCGUUAAUGAUUGAUUAUUAUGUUGAUUUUAAGCAGAGGGGUCGUUCCUUGUGUAGUUGAUUGUGUGUGUAUGGGAUUCACGUCUGGCGGGGUGAGGGCAGAUCUUUAUGGUUAACAAGCAACGUGAUAACCUUUAUAAAGCCGUCAAAUAAGCAUCCGUUUGCAUCUACUGUAAGCACUUAGCUGAGCCUUUUUACAUUUGGAACCACCCACCCAAGAUGUCCUGAACAGGGGUUCUCUUAUUAAGGUGUCAGAAGGAGAAUAGAAAGUGGUAUGAGUUAGGGUUGAUCCCAAGAGCUUUUCAUGGAAGGGAGACACAGGGAUGAAGUGUUUUAGCUUGCGGCCCGAACUCACCCCAAACCCUGGAAUAGCAGAGAUGAUGAUAUCUAAGUGGUUUGUCGCGUCCGCCCAUAUCCCUCACCGUGGUCUCAUUCAGCUUAAGCGCGUCAGGAAAAUCGAUAAUUAGGUAAAGAAAGUAGGGCAAGGCCUUGUAAGUUUUUAUUCGCUUUAAGUGGGAAGAAGUCCGUCUUAUGGCUCCCCUUCCCCUCUAGGUGCUCUUAAAUAGAGAAACUAAAACGCAUGCUUAGCUGUUUAAACAAUAUGUGCUUUAUAAAAUCACAAGGUGUUUCAUGGUUGUAUGCUGUUUUUUUCGGAUCUUGAUAAUAUGGAGGAAUACAUUUAGGUGUAAAGUCGUUUCAACGUGUCGCUGCGAAGCAAUAGCUUUAGGUUAGUAUUCAAUCAAUUUUAUUGCUUUUGUUGUACUUUCAUGUUUUAAGUACACGCUCAUUACUUCCCUCAAGAGAAUAAGGAAUUUCAUCGAUGAUAAAAUUUAAAUACCUCGUUUCGAAAAAUAUUGCUGAUGCGAUGUUUAGGAGACUUUCGUGGUGCUUUUGUGGUUUAAUGCUCUUUCUAUGGUGAAAAGGAAAAGAUAAGAACUUUUAAUGAAAGAGUUAACUCCUGAUCCAAAGGUUUUAUUUUUUCAUCGUAUUUUUUUAUUAAAAACAUAAGUUGUAGGAGAUGUAUUUUCACACAGGUAAAGAUGAACGUCCAAACCAAAAAGGAAAGGCAGAGGCACCGUCUGAAAUCGAGAAGACGUUACGAAAGCGACUGAACUCUGCAUGGCCUUCGGCUGUCCUCGAGGAUAAGGAAGCUGAGCAUAUUUCUAGCAAAGUUUUGUUUAAUAUUUUUAAUGGGCACGACAAACCCCACGAUACCUGUCGAACAGAACGAUGGUAUAUCAAUGGGCGACUUGGCAAAACUCGACGCUAUGGUAUUAGCGUGUCUUUCUUUACCACGAUCGUUGGGGAUGGUUUUAAUUUGAUCGAGUCCAACUCGCAAAAAAAUCGUUUUUCAGCUGUUCAAUUCUCGAUCAUAGAUACACAAACUCAGCUUUAUUAUCGGUUUAGUGAACUAGAUCACAGCGCAUCGACAUUGCUGCUCGCAUUUUUGUCAGAAGGUAUCUUCGACGGUGCGGAUACAUAUCUCACACAGGCCAUAACAGAGCAGCUGAACGCUGAUCGUUUGAUUCUACCUGAUCAGGCCAUGUCGGGUCCCACUGUUUUAAGUAAAACGGAGCUUAACAUAACCUUUGGGCGCUGCUUUUUACGUGUUGUUUCUGACCAUAAUGAAACAGAUACAGCGAAUAGAGAGAAUAUCAUGUAUCAUCUUCACUUGGAGGGGCGCAGCUUAGAGCAUGGUGAGGGCAACCUUCAAGAAGAGGUUGAGGCUGAGGUAGAUCUCAAAUUUCAUCCCGUUAUGAACCCAGUCCUCCAUGGGGAUCAUGGGGUUAUCUCUCAUGGCCGCGACUGGACCUCGGACCUCUUUUCCUACAGCUUCCCUAAUCUGCGCAUUCGUAGCGGCUCCUGUCGACUGACGCGUGCUUCUGACAAGAAGGAGAUAUGUCGUGAGCUCGACAUCAGAAGCGGUUGGCUUUGGAUGGAGCACCGUUUUGGUGGGGUAUUGGUAGAAAAUGCGGAGGAGGCUCUCUUUCGCCGCUCGUUGGUGCGGCAUCGGCGCCAAGUGAUGAGUGAGUACCUGAUUGAUCAGUGUAGCAUCCGUCUCUUUAAUGUUGAUCAGGACUGCAUCUGUGUGACCCGUGAGUCGGACCCCACAACCGGGGAGGUCCGUCGCGCGUACGCCGUGGUCCAAUGCGGGGCAAAGCGGCAGAGCCAUGCGUGGGAAGACGACGUCAGUCUCGUUGCGACUCCAAACAAACAAUAUAGAAGUAGUGAAACUGGUAUUUUGUAUUCGACCGAGUGGACGGUGCGGACUCCCACGCAUGACGGCGCGCACGCAUCGCUGCAACUUAGCGCGAUCUUCCCUGAGCAGGAGUUCGUUACGUUCCUCAUGCAGCCCAGUUUCUGGGAGGGGGUGGUUUCGCUGAAGGGGACUAUCACGCAAAUGGACGGGUCCACGCAGGCGGUGGAAGGGGAAGGCUUCAUGAGUUGCUACGGUCAUGGCCGCCAGCAGAGGUUGGAUGAGUUCUUUGCCACGCUGCACAGUGCUGGGGCCACCUCGAUGAAGAAUCCAAAGGUCGCGCAACUUGGGAACUGGGAAGCGAUUUCGGAAGGGCCUGCGUUGGAUGCGCUCUCGUCGCUUUCCAUUGUCGCUUCUAUGCACGAGUUGCACCUCUCAGGGAGCGAGAAGAUCGUGCUUCAGGCGGUACUUGGGACCUAUGGCUACAUCUUCCACCAUCCAUCCGACCGCGCCGCCGUGUGCGAGGCAUUGCAGUGGUGUCAUUACAAAUGGCUCAGCUUUUACGGCCAGGCAACGUUCAAUUAUCAAGUUUUGCGUAUUCGUGCGUUUAUGCUGCACGAGCUGGGUGCGGUGAUGUGGGCAAAGUGUGCAUCGUGGAUCCCCAAAGGAGCGGUAGCGCUGGAUAUGGUGGCACUUCCAGCUUCGAGUGUGCCAUGCGACGAGCAUAAGGCAUCAGGGAAAAACAGACCCGUGCCGCCUUCUCCCGAGGAACUCUGUUGUUUACCUUCCGGGCCUGAGAUCUCGCAGCUUAAGGCUUUAAUUGAUGGGAGGUGGGCUUUCACGUCGUCUGUCGGGAGCCUUUCUGCCGUACUUAUGGAACAGGGUUUUGGUUUUCUUCACCGAAGUCUUAUUGACAAGCUGCAGCCUACGUUGCGCAUCAACGUGGACCGGGAUUCUUCAACGAUUAGUAUCACUAUUUUGACGAUUUUAUAUAAAAAGGAACAUGUUUAUCGUCUAAACGGGGAGCUGUGGAGCUAUGAAAGCAAGACAAGAGGACACGUCAGCCUGCGCACGGGCAUUCUUGAUGGCGGUCGCAAACUCUACAUUGAGAUGCACUUCCCCAAAGGAGGGGUAGAGCGUGUGUGGUACGACUUUGCAAACGGUGGCAAGAAGCUUGUUCAAACUAUUUGCUACUACCGAAGCGCUGACACUGUGGAUGAGCCAGUGUCUCGUUGCACUCGUUACUACACUUUAGAACUUCCACAUAAUGGUGCAAAGCUUCACUGA